CCAAUGUCGCUGUUUCUUACAGUUUGGACCAGUUUGGGAGCUGAGUGAAAAAGGAAGCCACGUUGACAAUUUCUUUUUCUAACGCCGGGAAAUAUUGGUCACCCUCUAGCUUAGGACUUUCAGCUGGAACAUCUAGGGAAAGCCUCCCCACUGUUUUUACAGAGCAGAGAAACCACAUCAUUAGACAACAUGAGUGUUGGAUUCAUUGGAGCAGGCCAGCUGGCUCAUGCACUGGUGAAAGGGUUUACAGCUGCAGGUGUGAUUGCUACACACAGGAUUACAGCCAGCUCCCCAGAUACAGACCUGCCCACAGUGGCAGGACUGAGGAGAAUGGGGGUGCACCUGACAACUAGCAACAAAGAGACUGUCAGUAAGAGCGAUGUACUGUUCCUUGCUGUGAAACCACACAUCAUCCCCUUCGUUCUGGAUGAGAUUGGGCCAGACAUAGAGGACCGCCAUCUCAUAGUCUCCUGUGCUGCAGGCGUCACCAUCAGUUCCAUAGAGAAGAAGCUCCUUCAGUACCGUACAGCUCCUAAAGUCAUGAGGUGUAUGACUAAUACUCCUGUGGUGGUGAAAGAGGGUGCUACAGUGUAUGCUACUGGGACACAUGCAGAGGUGGAGGAUGGCAAGUUACUGGAGCAGCUGAUGGCCAGUGUAGGUUUCUGCACCGAGGUGGAGGAGGACCUCAUUGAUGCCGUCACUGGGCUGAGUGGCAGUGGACCAGCCUAUGCAUUCACAGCCCUGGAUGCUCUUGCAGAUGGAGGCGUGAAGAUGGGUCUACCCAGGAGACUGGCUGUCAGACUUGGAGCUCAGGCCCUAUUGGGAGCAGCUAAGAUGCUGCUGGAGUCGGAGCAGCACCCCGGCCAGCUGAAAGACAACGUGUGUUCACCAGGGGGCGCCACCAUCCAUGCCCUGCAUUUCCUGGAGAGUGGUGGUUUUCGCAGCCUCCUGAUCAACGCAGUGGAGGCUUCGUGCAUCAGGACAAGGGAGCUCCAGUUCCUGGCAGACCAGGAGCGCAUUUCUCCAGCAGCCAUUAAGAAAACCACGUUGGACAAGGUGCUCCAGCAGCCCGGAGUCGCAGUCAGCGGAGUGGCUAAUGGAAACAGCACGUCAGGGCUUAGCCUGUUCAGCACUCACAGCCCUGGGAUGAAGAAGAAGAACUGAGUACACACAGAGGCAGGCACACGCACACAAACAAACAUGUUAGAGGUUUAAGUGUACCAGUGUGUACAUUUGGCCACAUCUUAAACUGAUCUACCAUAGAAGUAAAAUAAUAAGAACUCAGGAUUGGUUUGAAGUCAUAGCCAAAUUACUUAUUUGGCUAGGACUCAUUUGGCUUGCACAAAUUAUUUAUUUAUACUUGAGUGACAUGCAGACACUGGGACCUAGUGAUGUGACCACCACUUGACACAGGAAUACAGGUGCAUUCUGGGUGAAUCACAGCCUUGUCUUGUGAUGCAGGAUUACUGUUGUACAAAUCAGGAUCCACAAUAAGGAGCGUGUGUGUGUGUGUGUGUGCGCGUGCGUGCUCUUUAACAGUGGAGACCCAUUGGGUCAUCAUGUGAUCCUGCUACACAGCAGAUGGCUGCUGGGACACCAUCAAACCGUUAAUGUACGUCUUUAAUGUCAUUCUUUAAAAAUCAUGUCCUACUUUUUGUUUGCUUAUCAUUUUUGUUUUUGCAGUAUUGUACUGUUAUUGACUGAACCAAACACCUUUUAAUGACUUUAUUUUUGGUUGUUGUGAUUGUCACAGAGCAACACUGCUCUGAGGUUGAGAACAUUUUGCCUUUAGCCCGGAACGUUUUCCCUCACAUAAGGGUCUUUCCGAGCUUUAAUACUCAUCAGUUUCUUCAGCUCCCUCUGGUCACUUCCUGUUCAUUUUUGUUGCUCUCAAAGAUGUUGACGAUCUUGAACUGUUAUCUUGAACCUUCAGAUGUUUUACACCAUGAAGGCAUUUUUUACAUUUGCUCUCAUAAGGGCAUGUGAUGUUGUUACCUGAAAGUGCUAGAAAAAAGCAUAAUGAAACACUAUAUUUAUUAUACAAAUGAUAUAAAAGUAGACAUCAGUCUGUCCAAAUUGUGCUUUUUGUAUUAUUCUUUAUAUUUUUAACACCAUAAUGUUGCAUGUUAUGUAUUGUUGGGCAUAGUGAUUGCUGAAUGGGUGUGCCAGUCAUCAGUGAAUAUUAAAGAAGCAGAAUCAAAUCCCGUUGUUCCUAAUCUAAUUUGUCCAGCACUGGACUGGUUUGGACAAAAAUCAGGCAUUGGCCUAAAUUUUAUUGGUUUCCCACCUUUUACAUUUGUUUCUUUUUGGAUAACUCCUACUUUGAGGCUUCCUUAGUGCUGACCAGACAGUUCUGUCAGGAUGUAAUAAAGAUGUGCCCUAGACCACAGGUGGCGCCCUACAAUCA